AUGACGAGCUGGAUCGGUUUCUAUGGUUUUGAUGUUAUGGGUGACCUAGCGUUUGGCCAGAGCUUUGAAAUGCUAAGUACAGGUGAGGUCAAUUAUCACAUUAGCUUGAUGCAGGAAUUUCUUAAGAUAAGGGCCAUAUUUUCUCGUGUUCCCUGGGCUUUCCGCAUCCUGCAAGUCACAAUGUUGCUCAAUACCUCUUUUAACAAAUUUCGAUUGUGGAUGGAGGAGCAAGUUAAAACACGAAUGAAGGUAAGUGGCUAUCCCUUACAACAAACAGAUCCACGUGCCGAGUUCAAUUGGAGAAGGAAUUGACAUGCCAUUGCGUAGAAUGAGCCAGAUAAACCAGACGUCUUCUCCUGGAUUUUGUCAGACUACCAAGCUCGCCAGAACAAAACACAACAGGACUUUUUCAAUCUCAUGGGAGAGUGUAAAUUAAUCACAAUUGCUGGAAGGCAAGUAAAAAUUCAUUCUUGCACAUGGUUCAAACAAUUAAUAUCCACUAGCGAUACUACUUCAUCAACUUUGACCUGUUUGCUUUUCGAGCUCGCUCGUCAGCCUGAUGUCUUCAAAAGGCUUCAAGGCGAGAUUGAUCAAUGCUUCAAAAAUUAUGGAGACGAUAUACCGGGCCACUUCGAGCUCUCAAAGCUUGAAUAUCUCCAGGCAUGUAUCGAUGAAGCACUACGACUUUACCCGCCACUUCCAAGUGGCGUUCAACGCAUGACGCCACCGGAAGGACUACAAAUCGAUGAUGAUUUACACAUCCCGGGAGACACAAUCGUACAAGUUCCAUUAUACACAAUGUACCGAGGUUCGUCAGGCUACUUUCAUCAUUUUACCGUCCGCUUCUCUCCACCAAGCAUGAAAUAUUUUCCUUUCCAAAUAUAUAUCCAUCUGAUUGAAAUCUACAGAUGAACGGCUUUUCAAAUGUCCAGAUAGAUUCAUUCCUGAGAGGUGGACCACUAGGCGAGAGCUUGUGACAGAAGCCGCUUGUUUUACGCCAUUUCAUAUUGGUAAGUCGAAUGAUUUAUAAAUGUUCAUUUAUAUGGAGGUAUUGACAGUCUGAUAGGAAGCUUUUCCUGCGUGGGUAAGCAGCUUGCCUUGAUGGAAGUUCGAUACGUUAUAAGUCAACUAGCACGUCUCUAUGAUGUGAGCCUUGCGAAGGGACAGACACCAGAAGCAUUUACAGAGGGGAACUACGACACAUUUACCAUUAGAUUGGCCCCGAUAAACAUGAUAAUCCACCAUAGAGCAGAUAGCAAGUCGGAAAUAUCGAAGGCAUGA